AUGCCUUCCAUCAAGCCUACCCUCCACCCUCUCAAGACCCCUCAGCCGAUGGUCUUUCCCUCCGAGCUGCAACGCAACCCGGACACCGGCACCAGUCUAUCAGGCAACGGCAGCGGCCGGCCCGGCGACGAGCCUCUCUGCACGCCCAUCACGCCGCCAGCAGCCUACACGGAGUUCCUGAAAGCCUUCACGCCCAUCUUCUCCCCCGAUAGCGCGAGAGGCGAGAACGGCCGCUUCCGCUUCGACAAGCCGUUCGAGCGCAGCGCAAUCACCAAUGCCAACCACUACCUCAACCCUCCCAGCGCCACCAGCAACCCCGGCUCCGGCAGCGGCAACACCAGCGCGCCCACCUCGCAGCCUGCCAGCGCCGUCAGCACCUCGUUCAACUUCAACGAGUCUGCCAGGUCGGCCACCGCGUCGCUGCCGCCCCCGACGCCCUACGGCGCUCCGUUCCCGCGGCGGGAUCCCAGAAACUUGCGCUCCCUGCGCAUCCCGGGCUCGGGACCCAUCCCGCCGCGCUACUCGCCGACUAGCAUGUCGAUGGGCGAGUCCCCGCGUAGUGCCACCAUGCUGCGCUCGCCGUAUUCGCCCUCCGAUUGGAAAAUGAGGUACUAUGAGGGGCCGCGGAGCGCGAACAGCCGCGUCAGCGUGCGCCAUGUCGUCACGCACACUGUAACCUACAAGCGCACGCAGCUGGAGGAUCCGCCCAAGGGGAAGAAGCGCAGAAAGGUCACGGAGGAGGUCACUGAAAAGGAGACUACGAAGUCGGGUGACGAGGAGGAUGAGGAUGCCAGUUCGGAAGAUUCAGAGGAGGCUUGA